AUGAUGGACUUGCAUUCUGUCGCGGAAGGCGAUUCGCGUAAGGUCACAAUGGAUUUCGAUGAGAGAGUCCAGUGCAACCAUGAUAUAGAGAGCUGGUUUCAGCGCAAAGCGAGUCAUGAUUCAGCUAAGGAGAAACAUACCAGCUUUAGAGAAAACGCUAGGAACGUUCUGCGCAUUCUGUUGAUAGCACAAGGUGGUAAUAUCUGGUUUGAUGACUACAAGUCGCUCUCCGUUGACGUGAGGCUUUCAUUAUUGAUCUGCAGAUUUGUAUAUGAUGAGAAAUAUUGUAUUGUGGCGAUUUGA